GUAGACAGGGCUUAGGAGGGCUGUCCAGAGGCUGACGGAAGUGCUCAGUGUUGUUGCCGGAAAUAGGAAAAAUAAGGCUGUAAUGGCGGCUGCGGCUGAAGUCGAACAGCAGGUGCCGGUGGACCGCGUUGAGGAGGGGCUCCGCACAGCGGCGGAGGAGCUGGCCGCCCAGAAGCGCGAACAGAGGCUGCGCAAAUUCCGGGAGCUGCAUCUGAAGCGAAAUGAAGCUCGUAAAUUGAAUCACCAGGAAGUUGUGGAAGAAGAUAAAAGACUUAAGUUGCCUGCAAACUGGGAAGCCAAAAAGGCUCGUUUAGAAUGGGAACUGCAGGAAGAAGAAAAGAAAAAGGAGUGUGCAGCAAGAGGGGAAGACUAUGAGAAGGUGAAGUUGCUGGAGAUCAGUGCAGAAGAUGCAGAAAGGUGGGAGAGGAAAAAGAAAAGGAAAAAUCCUGACCUGGGAUUUUCAGAUUAUGCUGCUGCCCAGUUACGCCAAUAUCAUCGGUUGACAAAGCAAAUCAAACCUGACAUGGAAACCUAUGAGCGACUGAGGGAAAAACAUGGAGAAGAGUUUUUCCCGACGUCCAACAGCCUCCUUCAUGGGACACACGUGCCUUCCACAGAGGAGAUUGACAGGAUGGUCAUGGACCUGGAGAAACAAAUUGAAAAACGAGACAAAUAUAGCCGGAGACGUCCCUACAACGAUGACGCGGACAUCGACUACAUCAACGAGAGGAACGCCAAGUUCAACAAGAAGGCCGAGCGGUUCUAUGGGAAGUACACGGCCGAGACCAAGCAGAACCUGGAAAGAGGGACGGCUGUCUGAUCCCUUCAGGAACUGCAUUGGACGGUGGAGGACGGAGUGAGAAAUGGAAAGUCUCUUCCCAGCUGUCCCAGUAAACCAGAGCUCGGCCUCCGCCUCCCCACUCAGCCUCUGCCUCCCCACUCAGCAUUCCACAAUAAACGUCUUUCUUCCCCGUGCACUUCCACGUAGACUUCACGUUUUUGUGCUUGGAUCUGAGAUGUAUUUCUUGUAGUGAAGUUGUUUUGUAAAAAUCUACUUUGUAUAAAUCCUAAUUAUAUUAUUUUUCUAUGUAUCUUAAA